GCUCAGUCUGCUUUAGUUUCGGGCUACGAAAAACCUUUUUGUUCGUUCGUUCAAGAAACUAAUAUAAAUAAAUUAUCUAAAUCAUUGAAAAAUGUCGGAAGAUCGACCGUCGCCUUCGCGUAAAAAAGGGCGUCCGCCACCCCCACAGCGUGCGCGUUCGCAAAUUCAGGAUACUUCGCCGGUUGCCGGAAGUAAUCAAAAUGCAGAACAACCUGGAUCAAUACCGCGUCCAGGCUCUUCCGCACAUCCUGACUAUUUCUCUGAUCCCGGAGGUUCUGCUCAACAUCCCGGCUCUUCCUUAUAUCCCGGCUCUUCCUUACACCCCGGGUCUUCCUCGCAUCCCGGUUCUUUACAUCUCGGCUCUUCCAUACAUCCUGGCUCUUCCUCACAUCCCGACUCUUCGCGUCACAGUUCUUUACAUUCCGGGUCUUCACGUCACGCUUCACGUCCUAGCUCUUCGCCACAUCCAAGUUCUUCUCUACAUCCCACUUCUUCAUCUCGUUCCCGUUCUGCUUCGCGUUACGUCUAUUCUCCCCACGCUGAUGCUGCACAACGUCCUAGUUCUUCUGAACGCCCAAGCACUUCGCAAUACUAUGACACUAUGCCAACUCUACGCUCUUCCUUGCGUUCCGAUUCUCCGCUCGGUCGCUUCACAGCACAAUCACACCCAAGACUCACGCGCUUUCAGCUACAUGGUAAAAUAUAUCCAGUGGAUAAAUUAUUGCGUCGAAAACCCAAAAGGAAUGAGAUGGAUGAUGAAACACCAACAGAAGAUACUCCUCAGCAAAGCGGCUCACGACGACAAUCUCAAGAGGUACAAGCUAAUUUACCACGUGAACGUGCACGUUUUCAGGAAGCCGAUAGUGACAAUGCUGCUCCCAGGACAAAUAUCGAGCCCUCAACCAGAGACGAGGAAGCUGCUCAAGCGUACGAUCCAGGAGCCACUACCGAGAUGAAAAGUCAAGAAAUGGGCACAGAAACGCCAAGCAAAACGGAUAAAAUGCUGAAAUUCUUACGAAAGAAAAAAUCUCCAACUGAGGAAACUGAAGAGGAAAUAGAUCAGGAAGAUCCGGAGGGAGGUUUUCGUCGCCGAUCUACCGUACCCACCGAGCGACACGCUGGAAGGCAAAAACAAUCGCGUAUUCUAUACACAACAGAUGAGGAAGUGCGCGAUGCACUCGUGGAGUUUGCCGUCUUUAUUGUAUUUCUCGUAUUAACGUCAUUGGUAACUUUGUCUGUACGACACUCCUACAUGUUUUAUUUCAACGAUACGAUGAAGAAACUUUUCACCACACGUGAAUUGGUAAUUGCGCCAUCGGUGACAGUUUGUUUCGAGAAGCUUAUCACGGUCCCCGAUUGGUGGGACUAUUUAAUAUAUAAUUUUUUAGUCACAUUGCAUGGCGAUAUGAGUGUCGUAAGUACCGAGGGAUCGCAUGAAGGUGACGAUGAAACAACUGAGCCACCCACUACUACAGAGACAGAGACGCGUGAGAAACGCGAAGACAAAUUCAACAAACAUAGAAUUAAUCAAGAUUAUGAAGAAGAUGAUGAGGGGGGAGGUGGUACAAUAGGAUCUAAAGUAAGACCAACACCGAACCGAACACAUCUCGAUGGACGUGUCUUCUUACAUGAGAAUCUCCUGCUUGGUCCGCCACGUUUGCGUCAGAUCCGAGUGCGAAAAGAUACUUGCUUCGUUAACGAUGCUUUCAUACGAUACUUUAAUACUUGCUACGAUUCGUAUUCGAAGGGAGCUGAGGAAAUAAUUUCAUCACAUGGCGGAGCACCAUUUCGUACUAUGAAAGAAUUGGACUCGACACCGCUGUGGACAAUACUCAAUAUGUAUGCCACUGGUGGCUACACCGUUGACUUGACCUAUGACAAAGAAACGAAUCUGCAAAUCAUCAAGGAUCUAAAAAGAAGUCAUUGGUUGGACCGUGGUUCACGGCUGGUGCUAGUCGAAUUCAAUCUCUACAAUGAAAAUACCGAUAUUUUUCAAAGCGCCAAAUUCAUAGCGGAAAUUCCUCCAACUGGCGGGGUCUUGCCGCAGAGUCAAUUGCAAACGGUGAAGCAUUUCUCGUUCAUUACGGAUAAAAGUCUAUACAUGUCUGUGGUGUAUAUCUUUUGGUAUAUUAUGGUUGUGUACUAUAAUAUAAAUGAACUUAAUGAAAUACGUAAAUCGGGUAUCAAGAAAUAUUUCAGGAGCCUACUCAACAUUCUAGACUCGGUUAUAUUAUUGGUUUGCUAUUUGGCGCUUGUCUACAAUAUUUGGCAUACGAUAAAGGUGAAAUCUCUAAUAUCUUGGGCGAAAACCAGAGAGAAUUAUCAAAGCUUGGACACGCUGUGCUUUUGGAAUACAAUUUAUGUUGAUAUGAUGGCCAUUUUAGCAUUUCUAGUUUGGAUUAAGAUAUUUAAGUUCAUCAGUUUCAACAAGACGCUCGUUCAAUUUACCACAACUUUAAAACGCUGCGCUAAGGACUUGGCUGGCUUCAGUCUCAUGUUUGGUAUCGUUUUCUUGGCCUAUGCACAAUUGGGUCUAUUGCUUUUCGGCACAAAGCAUCCCGAUUUUCGAAACUUUAUCACCUCAGUUUUGACCAUGAUACGCAUGAUUCUGGGCGACUUUCAAUAUAAUCUUAUUGAGCAAGCAAAUCGUGUGCUGGGCCCCAUCUACUUUUUAACCUAUAUUCUCUUGGUCUUCUUCAUUCUUUUGAACAUGUUCUUGGCCAUCAUCAUGGAGACGUAUAACACUGUGAAAAGUGAAAUAACCCAAGGUCGCAGUCAACUUGGCUCGUAUGUCUAUAAGAAAUUGUCAGCUCUAGUCUAUUUUAUCACGCAUUGUGGUCGCAAGCGCCAGAAUCGAGAUACUAUCAAUCAACCUGAUCCCGAACAUCAAGAUUUUACUGAUGAUCCAACUGCGUCGAGUCGCUACAGUCAGUCCAAAGUUCAUUUGCGUCGUAAUAUGAGCGAAGUCGAGGCCCACUAUUUUGAGGAUGUGCCUAGUGAGACACCCAAUAAGGACAUGUAUCGUCUAAAUAACCGCGUUUCACUGCUCGAGGAAAUUCUGGAACAGCUUGUUACGAAUAUGGAUGCCAUACUGAAGCGCGUGGAAAAGGAUGCAAAGAAAAACAAAUAGAACUGAGCAAUAAACUCUGUGUAGAAUUUGUUUAAAUAAAAUGUGCAGUUGUGUGCUGCCAAGCAAACAAUC